UUGUCUGGACACUAGUGGCAAAUGUCUGACUCGACCUUUUAGAUGAGAACAUACCAUCAGGUGGCGCAAAGGGAUAUGUGACGAAUUUUUAAUAUUAAAGUCAUUAAUUUAUUUACAUGGCGAAAGGGAAGAACCAGCAUCAUAUUGAGAAGGGGAUCACAUCGUACAACUGCGUUUCUCAGCUCCUUUUAGGCUCAACACGGUGAAAAUCUGGCGAUGACAGGAUCUGUAGCGCAGCCUGAGGAGAAAUUUAACUGAUUAAUGAGGCAGACGGACAGCGAUUCUGCUGAGUGGAUCCUGAUUUCGUCUUUCUGGAGAGCGAUAUAUCGACUGCACGACUUGGUUGAAUAUUCCCCGUGAAGAUGGAGUUUGGGGAAAGGAAGAGGAGAAGGAAGUCGCAGAGCUUUAAACUGGUCACGGAUGAAGCUCCAAGCUCCAGACCACCUCUCCUGACUACACUACUUAAUACCACCUACAGGUGGUGGUUUCUGCAUGGGAUGGGAGGGGGUUCUGCUUUGGUUGACAUCACAGCCCAUCAGUCUGCACAAGCUCCAACAUGACAACGCAGAAGGCUGCAACAUUGUUCUGCAACAUCUGUCACACACACACACACACACAGAGGUUUUGUUGUCUUUCUUCACAGCUGCACUUCAUUUCAGAACCCCUGUUCCUCUUGCAGAUUUCGACCCUUCAUAUAUGAUGAACUCCAGCUGCAAAGAUGCCAAUGGCGUCCCCAAAGAUGCUGCUGCUGUGUCUGAUGUUUGGCUGGAGGACGAGGGCAUGGAGAUCAAAAAGCAAAUCACAGGGAUGAUGAGGCUUCUGAGUGAUAAGACCGGCAGGGUGUAUCAGCGUGUUGGAGCAGAGCAGGACGGCUCAACAAAGGAGCCCCAGGACAGACAUCUGAACUGGGCACAUCAGCCCGGACUUUUAUCUGUUGUGUCAGAGGAUCACCAGAGCAACAGCUGGAACUCUGCAGCGGAGCCGGGGCCUUCACCGCCAUCCGCAUCCACCUCCAUCCCCAACGGUCCAGGCUGUGGACAGUACAGCACCCGCUCCAGAGCCCUCAGGAUCCUCAACAACACCAAGGAUUUAAUUAAAGUGAAUGAAGCUAAUGCAGACGUGGUCCCCCCUGCUGUACCAGAAACCCCCUGCUGCAUGUGUAACUGUAAGGGCACCCUGCAAGCUAUUUUACAGGAACUACGAGCUAUGAGGAGGCUCAUGCAGACUCAAAAAGCAUCCCUGGAAAGGCAGGAACAGACGGCAUCACCAUGCCAACCCCGUCUUGGUCCAGGUCCCACUCCUCGCCGGAGGCCCCGUAAGAGGAGGCCAAUCUAUAAGGUGGCUCCAGUUGCUGUAACAAGCGCCAGGAGAGCUGCCCUGAGCCCUCUGAAGGCAUCACCGCUUCAAGCUGCACCUGCAGAGUCUGGAAAGAGGGAGGAAUGCGAGAAAGACUCAUCGACACCCAACAUCCAUCCCAUCUCCUCUGAUGUUUCUGUGCUGCCACCUCAGACGGAUCCAGUAACUGUCAACAACACACACAGUCCUCUGCUGAACCAACUAAAGGAACCUCAGGCAGUAGAGUCUGAGGUGCGUCUCGCCGAGGAUUAUGAUGUGUUUAUCUCAAAGGCACAGCUAGACUCCAUUCUGGUCAACUAUACACGUUCUGGCAGCCUGCUGUUCCGGAAACUAGUGUGUGCCUUCUUUGAUGAUGCUACUCUGGCCAACUCCUUGCCAAACGGUAAAAGGAAGCGAGGGCUCAAUGAUAAUCGCCAGGGCUUGGACCAGAAUAUUGUGGGAGCCAUUAAAGUGUUUACAGAGAAAUACUGCACUGAACACAGAAUAGAGAAGCUGCCUGGACCACGAGACUGGGUUCAGAUCCUUCAAGAUCAGAUCAAACUUGCAAGGAGGAGGGUGAAAAGAGAUGCUGCAGAAGCAGAAGAAGUCUCCAAUGGGCCAUCCACAAGUUGUGAUUUGAACAAGCCUGCCAGUGUGGAAUGGACAGUGGUGAAUAUUACUGGUUGAUUCAGCAGCUGCCACAAUGCAGCAGAUUCGUUGUCCUCAUUAUUGUUCCAAACUUGAUGCAUUUUGACACGUAUUUCCUUUGCAGCUAUUAACUUCUGUGUGUAAUGGAUGUAAAGGGAAAUGAGACUAGGACCAAAUGAAUAAGAAGCCUAAUGAUAUCCUCACUGUAUUACGCACACAUACAUUGUAUAUUUGUGAUCCUUAAUACUUUUAAUUGGAGACAUAUUAAACCACUGGUAUCUGAGAUUUUGUGCCAAAAAAUAUGAAACUGUAAAGUGGUUAAAAAAAUUAAAGAAGUGACUUAAAGUUUACAUUAUAGGCAAGGGUACUUGUCUAGUUUUCAUGCCAUUUCUAAAAAGGGUCAAGUCUCAAAUGAGACAAAGUACUGUAACAACAUAUAACAUUCAUAUAUUUUGCAGAAAUGACAUUUUACAGGAAGUUUUCCAUUGUGGAUUGUGCCUUUUAAGUGACCAGUACUUCAGUGGGUGUAAUGUCCAGUGCAGCAUCCACCUUAUUUCUGAACACUACAUUGAAAAGUAAAUAGAUGAUGUAUUGUUGUCAAAUUUUGCAAAUUAAAAGACAGGUUUCUAGGCUACAUUGGGUUAAAAUAUAUAGUAUUAUAUGAAAAAUGUUUUUUUCAAUUAUUAGAAUCUUUAGACUAUACAUAUCAAUGCUAUUGUCGUCAAUAUUGUGAUGAAAUUAUGUAUUUUUCUUUCAUUUCUGCUCACUUCGUAUUAAAUUGAUAACUGUCUCCACCAUUAAAUAAGUUUCUUGACA